UGUUUCUGUAUACUUCAUUCUCUUGACACAAUGGUAGCGCAAACAACAACCCCAUUACUUGCCUGUCAUACUGACCAAUGGAAAGCCACACUUGUGAAAAACAUGGUGGGAAAGAAACUGGACCAGCUUCGUACACCCUCUCUUGUUAUCGACAGAAAAAUUGUAGAAAGACACUCAAAGAAACUCUCUUCCGUUACAACCGAGUUGAACACUAAAAUCAGAGUUCAUGUAAAAACUCACAAGUCCGUCGAAGGAACACGCAUCCAACUCGAAGGUGCUAAAACUCAAGCCAUUGUCGUGUCUACUAUGGCAGAAGCUCAGGCAAUGAUUAACUCUGAAUUGACUCACUCUCAACUUUUGCAAGACGUGCUCCUUGGCUUUCCUAUCACUCCAGAUAAAUUCAGCGAGAUCUUUGAACUUUCCAAAAAGGUUACUGUUUUUCAAAUCUUCAUUGAUAAUUUAUCGACUUUGGAGGCAUUGGAAGCAUAUUACACAACAGAGUAUGGUGAAAACGACGAUUCUCAUAAGAUGAGCGUGUUUUUAAAGGUUGAUUGUGGAUAUGGACGUGCAGGUGUCCCUAUUAACGAUCCUGAAACAAUUGAGUUAGCGAAGAGGCUUCAAAAAUCACCCUGUGUUGAUUUUACAGGAAUCUACACUCACGCUGGCCACUCUUAUUCUUCAGAAAAUUCAACAGAGGCACUUGAAUAUCUUCGAAACGAAUGUGACAUGGCACGUCAAUUUCGCGAUUAUUUUGUUCAACACGAUAUCGAAAUUAAGCAUGUUUCCAUUGGCGCCACACCUACUGUCAAAGCAAUCACCGCUUUUAUGCAUGAGGACUUACCCGCUAUGAAAAAAAUCUUGGAUGGUAUUAGUGAAGUGCAUGCAGGUGCGUUUUCAUUUUUGGAUAGACAACAAGUCUCGACAGGAUUAGGUGAUUACAAUGAUGUAGCAAUCACAGUGGCAUGUCGUAUUGCAAGUGUAUACAAAGAUCGUGACAGUCUGUUGAUUGAUGGUGGCGCAUUGGCAUUUUCAAAAGAUACUGCUCCUCAAGGUGGCUUCGGAUGUGUACUGGAUCCACAAGAAAAGGAACCAAAAGUGAUUGCAACCCUAACUAAAGUUUCUCAGGAACACGGUAUCUUGCAACAUUUGGAUGAAUCCACUUUAUCUAGACCCGAAUUACAAAUCGGCAAACUUAUUCGCGUUAUUCCUAAUCACUGUUGCUUAACCGCGGCUUGUCAUUUAUUCUAUCUUAUUAUUGAGGAUGGAGGUGAUACAGUCGUUGAUGUAUGGGUUCCUGUAAGAGGAUGGUAGAAAGAUUAAAAAUUGUAUCAUUAUUGAAUAGCUGAAAUAAAAUUAGCAGAAAACUUGUAUCUAUUUGUGUUUUAUA